CUACAGGUGAAUAAAUGUGUGGUCAAUGAACCAACCACAAUAAACAUAUCGGCAGGUGUUGAGAGUGAAGUUUUGUGGAAUAUUCUUUCUGAAGAUGAUGUUCAGGAAAAAUGCAUUACAAUUUGAAAAUGACGAGACCCUGUGAUAGAAAACCCGGUCUUUCCUGGUAAAUCCGCAUUCCGCACUACAACACCUGCCAGACUACCCAAUACCACACUCCAAAUACCCUAUACCACACUGACAGUGUCCGGCCAGCCCAACUCCAACCCUGCCUUGCCUCACACUGCAUCAGUGAUCUACAUAAGAUUACACUAGUUUGUGUAAUGAUUAAAUCAUCUGCAAUAAUGAAUUAUUCAGUCUGCCUCAGAUCAGAUCUAAAUCUGAAUCCAGUCUCUCUGUGCGUCAAGGGAAACAUUUCAAGAUGAGCACGUUGAGCUGGACAUCAUGCUCAGUAUUUAUAGUUCCUCAGUGAGGUGGAGAAGUCCUGGAGAUUUUACAACUCUUCUCUCACUAUGGCACCAUAGGAUUUUAUGAAGAGCCAAGAGAUUUGACAAUUGUAUCUCGCUAUACUGCACAUUUGAAGACUUCUGCACUGGCUUCAUUAUCCCCAAGCGAGUUCCUCCCAUCAUCAACCUUCACACUGAUUUCUUAGAACAUUGUGGACUGGUUUUAAUCUGACAUUUGAACCAAAAUUUGUCACCCUGCUGAUUUGUCAUAAAGCCAUACUCACUCCCUCACUCCAAUACAUGCUGCAGAUGCAAUACAGUACACACCACUGCACUGGUAUUUGCCAAUAAAAUAUAAAACUGUAAGUCUAAUAAUGUGGAGGUACGAGUUUGUGUACAUAACAUGAAAGUAUGAUAAUGUUUGCAAAAUAAGUGAAGUUUGAGAGAAACAUGAACAGAGGGACAGAAUCAUGAGUAUGUAAGUUUAUGUUUGUAGAUUACAGGUACAAAUACCGAACUAAAUUAACUUAAAUGAUACAGAUAUCUAUUUGAAAUGUUGUCUAAAAACAAGUCUGUGAAUAAAAUGGAGUAUGAAGUUGGAAGAAGAGCUUCAUGUUUUCUGAGAAAAUUUGUUUUUAGUUCUGAAUUGAAACUAACAUAUGUCACACCCCCAUCAUUCCAAAACCCGCACUGCACAGGUACAUGAAGAUCAUCUGGCCAAAAGUUUUAAAUCUUUUUAAACAGACCAUGAAUAUUUUAUGAUCUUCUAAAGUAGCUGUGAAAUACAUCUUUCUUUUUAGGAAGUGUUUGCUUUUAAUUUUUGUUCUGUGAUAAAAAAACAUAUAUUUUUAAUAUUUCCUUAGCAUCUUACAACACUAACUGUAUAUUCCUAUUAUUUAAAUUAUUCUUAGCCCAUUUUUUUUAAUCUAUAAAUUGCUACAGCUUUAUUAUUAUAGCUUGCUUAUGCUGAAGUCAUAUUGGAAAGAGUUGUGUCCCUUUAACUGUUGCCCGUAACCAUCAAGGUAAAUGUGACUGUUAUAAAGAUAAUGCAAAUAAUGAAUAAAUAUUAAUGAAAAACAUUUGUCUGAAAAUAUAUAAAUGAUUAUUAUUCAGUUUUUAUAAAAUUUUAUUAAUAGUUUUAUAUAGAAAAUAUCUAAUUAAUAACUUAUAGUUUGUAAUUAAAGAAAAGAACAUAUAAAACAAAUACACAAGGAACAUGGACCUUUCUCAGAAAUAAUAUAUUACAACAAAUAUAUUUGUCAUAAAGAUUCACUAUCAUGCUACCAUAUGUCCCUAACACAGUUCAGUCACAAAGCAACACAGAAAGUGGGAACGAUCGGAUUCUGAGGAGAAGAGGUGUUUUAAAUCGAACAAUGGCAAACCAUCAUUUUACUCAGUCCGUCUUUGUGACGGGGACUCCUAGAGAACACACUCCAGUCCAACAGCGUUGGAUGGGUGAAUCUUGUGAAGUUGUACCCCGAACGACAGGGGGAUUUCAAAUCUACCAACCUAACGCAGCUGCAGAGUAUAUGCAAAAACAGGAUGAAAAGAAAGCUGAUAUUCGAAAUGAUUUAACGCGAAGUAUAGAAAUGGCAGCUUCCAAAUACAAACAUAACAUUCGUAAUCCUGAGAUGAAGAAGAUGCAGAUCGAACGCUCGAUAGUGUAUGAGAAAAAACGAGCAAUGACGAGAUCAUUGUAUGUGUCAAGGCAUCAUAAUGCUGGUACUCAAGAGCGAAUAAGUCAUCAUGAAUCCCUUCUUCCGGCAAAGAUGACGCGUGAGCAUGAAUUUCAGUGCAGUUGCAAGGAGUAUCAUUCCCAUCCUCUUGUAGUGGUGGGUACACCUGUCAACAAAAGCAUUGCUGCUGAAAUGCGGAAAAGGGAAAAAGUGAUUGCAGCAUUGAAUUCAUCGACUUCCAAAGUCGACACACAUGAUGAUCCAAGAAAUAUUUUCUGGUCACCUGAGUUGUCCUUCCACCCUUACAAACAUGGUGAUUCAUUGGUAGAUUUUCCUUCACUUUGGCUGAAAGAGAAGGAGCUGAAGAAUCACCUGAAGAACCCUGGGAUACAAUUGACUAUGCUACGUGGUGCAGUCCUUGACCUGUGUAAGCUGGCCGUGACCUGUGGCCCUGUGCGUCUGCUGCGAUGUCUCAUCGAUCUGUCUCUUAUACGUGUGGACCAGCAGUUUGAUAAUGGCAGCGGAAUGCUUCACCUUGCGUGUCUGGCCCGCAACAAUGAUGCUGUACAGUACCUGAUAAACACUGGUAUCUCUCCAAAACUGAGGGAUAAAAACGGUAGUACCGCUGAUGAAGUUUGCAUGUGCCCUUCGGUCAAGCGGCAGUUGCCCCAGCGCUACCUGGUGUCCAAGAGUGAGGUUUCGGCCACAGGACACAGGAUGCUGAUGAACCCCAGCCUCCAAGACAAGGACAAUAUAUUCAGUCUCGCCAAGAACCCAAAGUUCUUUGAUGAGAUUCAGAAAAAGUUGCAGAUAUUUGACUUUAAUGUAAACACUGAGUGUGACAGCAAUGGUGACUUCCUACUUCACAUUGCAUGCAAGGGAGGUCUGAGUCAGCUGCCGCUGGUCAUGGCGUUGGUCAAGAUCCAGGGAGCAGACGUGGAGCUGUGCAAUGCAGACGGGAUGACGUCACUCAUGUUGGCUGCCACGGCUGGCAACUGUGUACUCUGUGAUGUGUUGAUGUGUCUGUUUGGAGCGGACCCGAACAAACCCAACCCAAACAAUGGGAGAUCAGCAUUGCAUUAUGCUACAGAAGGCAAUCACAAGAAGUCUGUCGAGUGUCUCAUUCGACGUGGUGCAGACGUGAAUAUCGAGGACCAUGAUGGCCGCCGCCCUGAUGAUAUCCCAUCAUGCCAGAAUGUGCAGGAUGACUGCAAAGAGGUCAUUGACUUCAACAGAAUGCAGCGUCUUGAGACACUCAGUGAGAAAGUCCGUAAGGGAGAUGUAGAAGCCAGCAUGUUGCUGCCGACUGACCUGUGUGUAGUUGCCGAUGACGGCUACACGCUGCUGAUGAUAGCGGCCAUCUACAACCGUGGUAACACAUUGUCUCAUCUGCUGGCAAAGAAUAAAGCCACCAUAGAUGCUCAACAUACCAAGACUGGAAUGACCGCUCUCAGCAUUGCAUCACAGAUGGGCAAUGUCGAGGCAGUAGAGAUUCUUCUCAAGAACGGUGCUAACCCCUCCAUCUCUGACAUGGAGAGUUAUCUCCCCCUACACCAUGCAGUGCUCAACAAUCAUGAAGCGGUCGUGGACUUAUUUCUUGAUUUCUUCCCAGAUACAUAUGUGGGAUUGCACACAGCCCAGAGACUGAUCAAGAAGUCCUCCAUUCAUCACAAAGUGAAGUCGGCAUGGGAACGACGCCAGGAGGAGGUGGUCAUGCCCAAACUGAUCCAGUGUGCCCUCAACGGCAAUGCUGAAGACCUCUACUGUGUCCUGGACGAGGGGGACAGCAUCAACCUCAAGAGUGGGAGCGGGAACUGGCCUCUGUACCUGGCUGUAGAGAACGGACAUCUCGACGUGGUCAAGCUCCUCUUUGAGAAAGGUGGUGACAUUCGCAAGCGACAUUCAUCGACUGGUGCAACUGUGUUGCAUAGGGCUGCCAAGAUGGGACACUAUAAGAUUGUGGACUUCCUCAUCCAGUUCUGUCGGACUGCCACGCCCGGAGACCAGGGUGGGCGGGGCAAGAAGCUGCUGGACAUCAACGCUGUCGAUGCUGAGAACAAGACAGCUCUACAGUUGGCUGCUGAGAAAGGGUUCAGUCAAAUUGUUCUACUUCUGCUUCAACAUGGUGCCACGACGGCCAUCUUGGAUGCCCGGGGUGCACUGUUCACAUGUCCUGAGUACGAAGGUGUACGGAUCAUGAUUGAGACUCACAGAGAGAAACAGACCAAACUCAUCAUGAAGUGUGUGCAAGACAAGUCAAAAAAGGCUCUGGCGAUGUUACAGAAAUCAUGGCUGCCCUGUUUUGACCACAACCUGCGGACGAAGCUGGGAGACACCCCCCUGAUGGUGGCGUGUCGGGCGGGGCGGCUGCCGACAGUCAAGUUCCUCCUGGAGUCCGCCGUCUACUCCAAGGAUGUGGAGGAGGAGGAUUUGGAUGAUUCAGAUGUAGACUCCGGAGUCAAUGACCCAACCCGAGGACCACUGAGGUCACGAACUCCAAGACACAUGGAAGAUUGUGAAGAUGGCUUUGCAGCAAGUGGUAACUUCUCUCAGUCAGUGGAGGUGCAUAACGGGAACCGACUGCAGACCAGUGGAGACUUCACACGUUCCAUGGAAGUGGAAGCCAGACCAAGACUUGGGGAGAUGAAGAUCCAUCGCCCUCUGUUGUCGGCGCGGAUUGACAGCACAGUACAUGCACUGCUGAGAGAUGUCAGCAGACCUAAGGGUCUCUUUAUAUAUCAUGAUGACUGCGUAAGUCAUGUAUCUGCUGUGAAUCUCUUCGAUGGCUGCACGUCACUGCACCGCACGAUCGAGGGCGGGGACAACGUUCAGAUCGUGAAGGCGCUACUGGGGGAGGACGCCACCUGUCUCAACGUCCAGAACGAUGCAGGACUGAGUCCGCUGCAUCUCGCCUGCACCAACGGGAGAAAGAAAACCAUCGAAAUAUUGUUGGCUCGUGAGGAGAUAGAUCUGAACUGUCGCACUCUGGACGGACAUCUUGCGGAGGAGAUGACAUCCAACAAGAGCAUUAUCAAACUCAUCCAAAAGGCUCGCCUCAUUCAGACAGGAGCAAUUCUCCCCAACACUAAGGCUCCAGAGUCACCGGAUGCAUCAAAAGCUUCCAGCAUUGAAGGAACAAACAUCAGCUUCGAUCAGCUACAGACGCGAUAUGAAACACUUAAACAGGAUAUUCGGGCGAAGGCCAUGUUCAAAAUACUGGAAGACUCUCACAGCCAAGAUUAUCCUUGAUAAUAUUUACCGGUAUUUAUGGACUAUUAAAACAUAGCUCACUUUUUGCAUGUGUAUACACGUUUGUUGAUAUUGACUGGCUUGUGACAUGGGUGUUUUGUGGACUUACUUUUGUUCAGCAUGAGGCAGUACAGGUGGGCAGGGUGUAGGGUUUAACACUAGGGUUACUGUUGGUGCAUGGAUAUGUGUGUGUUCACUGUUUGGUGUCUGACUGUGUGACAGUCCUGUUACAAAACUAACAGCAGCAAAGGAUUCACUUUCACAUCAAGCUGUAGGAUUUGGGUGAUGUGGAGAUCCCAAAUGGUGUAAGCAAACAUGUAUAGGGUUACUGAGUGUGGAUAGAACAUCUCACUCGGGACAAAGGAGAACUACCCACUAGCUGAAAACCGUGUCUGACCAAGGAAGAGCAGACGUCUACCUCAGACAGCACCCACAAGCUCUAGACGUCUGACCAAGGAGAGCAGACGUCUACCUCAGACAGCACCCACAAGCUGUAGACCUCUGACCAAGGAGAGCAGAUGUCUACCUCAGACAGCACCCUCAAAUUGUAGAUGUCUGACCAAGGAGAGGUGACGUCUACUUCAGACAGUGCCCACAAGCUGUAGACAUCUGAACAAGGAGAGCAGACGUCUGAUUCCAAGUAUCAGACAUCUACCUCAGUGUCUUGUCACAAAGCAACAGAUAUACCCAGUUACCUGACAAAAACGUGAAAAGCCUGUUUGAAAAUGAUUAGGUUAUGUUUAACACACAGGGUAUUAGACAAUGAAGUACUCUGAAAGUACAGACUUGAACCCUACAUUGUGUUUAUACUGACCAUUAACACACUGUACAAAACAACAUAUUCUGUUUAUAUAUGACCUGUAUAGAGACGACAGCAAUAUUAUUUGGCCAACAUUCUUAAACCUGUCUGUGUCUUCAUGGGACAAAGUGUCUCAUGAUGUGGAAAAUGACAAUCAAUCUGUGAUAUGAACCAUCAGGACACUCGAAAAUAUCCCACGUCAUUCCUGUAGGUGGUGGGGUGAGAAAAUCUCCAAAGACUAUGAGAUACCGGUACACAAGGAAUGUUUCCUACCAAAAGUGCUUAUUUGUUGCUAUAGUCACAGGUUUUGAAAAGAAAUCUGUAAGCCAACAAAUGAAAGAAAGUCAAGAUUGCUCUGAUACGAGUGUGAUUAAUGGUAUGUACCAGCAUGUGGUAUGUGACCUGUUAUGACUGUUAUAUGUUACUGUUUUGUAUUCCAUGUAUUUGUUUUUGUUACAUGUGAUGUUACAGAUGUUUACCCAUGUGAUAUAGAUGUAUUGAACUUUAAGGGAUUUUUCUUAUGAUCUCUAAGAACACACCUGGGAAGAAUUUAAGCACUACCUUUUGUUCUUCAAUGUAAAGUGGCCAUUUUAAGAAUUACAUCCUGUGUCAGUUUUCUGAUGAAACAUAUUUAUCUUGUUUAAAAAGUUAAAUACUUGUAUUGAGAUACUGGAAGUAAAAUAUAUUUUUUCAUAAUGUUUUUUGUAACUGUUCCAUGGCAAUAGUUAUUUGUCUACCCAGUCUAUGCUUCCUCUGCCUCUUUGGUUCACAGGCAUUAAUAGUACUUGUGAAUAUCUGGCAAAACAUACUACUGUGUUUUUGUACUAACAUUUUAGCUGGUGUUGCUGGUAUCUAACACAUUUAUCCAAUGAGAUCAAUUUCAAAUGUGGAUAUUCCCGUUUGUUUUUAUCCCCCCGGUUUGAAAAAUUGGAGAUAUAGAGAUCACCAUGUCUGUCCGUCGGUUUUCCGUUUCCGGAGCAGAACUUUAAACUAUUAAUUGUUUUUAAAAAAUUCAUUGAAACAGGUACUUUUACUUGAAUUGGUGCCUUGGGUUUUGAUAAAUACUGAACAGCAUUAUUUUUCCCUACACUUAACUAACAGUCAUCUUCCCAAGGCAAGGGAGUUAACUGACUGUAAAAGUCCAGUUUCCACAGUUGAUGAAAUAGACUGGAAUGACGGACUUACCUUUUGGCUGGACUAACGAGUCUAUGCAUAGUCCAAUCAUAAUUGCGCAAUGAGCUAGACAUCUGGUUCGUAAACAACUUGGAUUUGAAUUGCAGAUUUCCAUCAACUGCAAGAUUUGCAAAGCAUCUGUAUCAUCAACAGGGUGUUGAUAGAUAUUUUCAAAUCUUUUCAUGUUUUUAAUCAAGGUGCUCAAAUGAUUUGAUGAACUACGUGAGGUAAGACCCAUUUUAUUACAAUAUAGAUCGUGAUUUUCAAUCAGAUCGUCUUAACUGGGUGCUGCCAUUUUGUUUGAAGCAAAUGCAAGUGACAUUAGAGGUGGAAUCUGAUUGGUCAAUAGGAGGGACACAGCAGGGACAUAACUCGUAAGAGCCACUGGUGGUGCUACGAUCCAGCCACGAAAUUCAAACAUAGUUCGCCAAGGGUGGAAACUGGACUUUUGUAGUCAGUUAACACCCCUGCCUUGGGAAGAUGGAAUACCAUGGCAAUGAACCAAUAGUCGGGUAGCUAAAUUCUAUUUCCAAAUUGCACCAGACCAGGGGGACAUGUCAUCUCCUGAUGACUCUUGUUAAAAUUUCACUGCCGUAUGUGAUGCAGAGCAUAAUCCAAUUGGGGUUAACAGAAUAAUACUUCAAACACAUCAAAAGUUGACAUGUGUUUAUUUAAUACCAUACAACUGCCUAAUUUUAGAAUUCAGGUGUCCAUUCCACAAAGCUGUCGAAGCGCUGAGGUUAUCGUAACACCCAUACUUUAACAAAGAGGACAGUCUAUGGGCUAUGAUCACCUGUAGGGCCCUACACGCAAUGUCAUUGAAUAAGCCGGGAGAUGUUGGGAGUUUUCAAUCUUUGUUAGUGAAACUAGUUCUGGCAGUACAUAAGCGUUCGCUUUUCUAUUAAACACUGUGUGAUACCAGCUUGUUCUGAUUAAACAGUGUUAUCUUCAAGGGGCGAGUAUAAAUAUGAAUAUGUAGAAGUAUGAAUAUGAAGAAGGUGGUGCUUAACCUUUAUCCAGGUGUGUAUAUGUUUAUUUGACAUAGAAAUGACAGAUACUGUUCCAAGAAGUCAAGGGAAGAAAUUCAAAUGUAUCAAAUAUGUGAAUUAAAUUUCUUCAUAUGGAAUGUU